AUGAAGUUCAUAGCGAUUUCCGUGUGCAUCCUGAAGGGGAUCCCCCAGGCACAAGGAGCUCCCCAGUUCCGCGGGUCCACUCCUCAGCCGCCCGGCGGAGGCAACAGCAAGGGCGACGACAGCGACGGUCGAGAAGAAGCAGCCAGGGCGACUCUGAGCCGGGCGAUCGAGACGCCGUUGGAGGCACCUGCGGAGGCCACCACUACCCCGAGCGGGCCGCCUCCCCACCCCAAAAUGCCCAGUCAGCUGCCCGCCCAGCUGAUGACCUGGGCGCAGGCAGUGGCGGCCGCCGGGCCCGAUGGGGUUCCAGGCGGAGGGGUGGCCGGCUACCUGACGGACGGGACGCCCAUCCUGAUCCACCUCCGCCGUCCGACGCCAGGGAUCCCUCGCAGCCGCGACGAGGACCAGGCCUCGAUGCAGCUGGUCACGAACCAGAGCGACGACGGGCUGGUGAACAACUGCAACCAUUCGCAGGCCACGGCGUACGGCAACCAGUACGGCUCUGGCACGAAGUGCAAUUUCUGCGGCUACAAGCUCACUUGGGCACAACGCGGCAGCGGUGGCGAGCAGGACGGCGGACCGGCAGCGAGGCCAGAGUCAGCCGCGGAGGCUGCCAGGCGGGCAGCGAUCGCAGCCGAGCGGACGGUGCAGAUCAUGCAGGAGAAUCCUGUGUUCCAGACUGGGACGGCCGCCCUGCAGACCGUGAACGACCGGAACGGCUACCUCAAUGCUCUGCAGUGGCAGUUGCACCAGAUCCCCGAGGGAAUUCGGUCCCUCGGAAAAAUGCAGGAGGUGGUCGAGCAGAUAGCGCAGUACGCCAGUCAAGCUCAGUUCCAGACCAGCGGCCAACUGGAGGAGGGCCUGCAGCAGAUCCAUCAGGGGGAGUCCCUCGACUACCUGACGGAGCAGAUGAGCACCCUGUCGGUGUCGGUCGGCGACAUCGAGCAGUCGGUGGGCCAGCUAGCUCACAUGAUGGUGGAUAUCGGGACGGCGGUGAUGGGGCUCGCGCAGGUGGCCAACGCCGCUGGAUCGAACCAGGGCGCCCCGUCGCAGGAGCAGGACAGCUCGCAGGCGGGUGCUUCCUCGCAGGAGCCCGAGGGCGGACCGCCGAUAUCGACGACGGCGACGACGCCAUCCUGGGAGAUCCUCUACGAGAGCGACAAGGACGACGAGACGUAG